AUGAGCAGUACUGCUGCACAACCACCGGUCAUUCUGGUCAUUGGAGGAAGUGGAAAAGUGGGCACAGAAUUGGUUCAGAGCCUAUUAGAACGCAAGGCCCGAAUUCGAAUUUUGGUUCGUCAUGUUGAAAAUGCAAAAUCACUCUUUGGCAAUCAAGUGGAAUAUGUAGCUGGAGAUGUGACUCAAAAUCUAGACACAUCAGUAGUAGAUACGAGUGCCUUCCAAAAUGUGGAACGUUUGUUCAUUCUUGUUCCCAAUAAUCCCAAACAAGUGGCACAAGAAUUAAAUCUCGUGAAAAAAGUCCUUCAACAAAGUGCUCUAACGUUGAGACAAGUCUUGAAAUUGAGUGUCUUGAAUGCAGAUGCGAGUCGUCCUCUGGGAGAUUUACAACGAUUGCAUGGCCAAAUUGAGAAUCGUUUGGAAGACUAUUUAAACGAACAUGCUCCUCAGGUGCAUUUCACGGUAUUGAGACCCAACAACUUUAUGCAAAAUUUAUUGGCUGAAGCAAACGGAAUCAAGAACGAGGGUGUGUUGUAUCGUCCUCGAGCUGAACCGUUCGAAUAUAGAAUUUCAUUCAUUGACACUCGAGAUAUUGGAGAAGCUGCAGCAACCAUUUUGACAGAAAAUCCUGAAAAACAUUCUGGACGAAGCUACGAGUUGACUGGACCUGAAGCAUUGAGUUGGGAUGAAGUGGUUCAACGAAUCUCUACGGUAGCCAAUCAUCCAGUGAAAGUCGUCUACGUCGAUGAUGCUGGAUUUUAUAAUGCCUUGACCUUUUUGCCAGAGUUUUAUCGAUUUUAUUUUGUCAAAUUGAUGCAAACGUAUCGUGUGGAGAGACGUUCUGCAAUCAUUGCUGGAGAUUAUAAAUUAAUUACUGGAAAGGAAUCAAGAAAGUUGGAUGACUUUUUGAAAGAACAUGCUUCCAACUUUUAA